AUGCUUCCCCCGGUCCCUGAAGAAACACUGAGUGCCAACCCGCUCUUCAAGGCGCUGUAUGAAGACCUCACGACCAAGAUCCUGAAUCCAGAGGAUCUGACGAGCCGAUCUUCGUCGCGGGACCAUCAUGUCCUCGACCAGGAGCUCCGCACUCACCGCGCAGAGCUCGCAAAAUCGCAGCUCCUCCAGCGCGAGCUCGAGACGGUGACCCGCGGGGCCGGAUCUUCACUCUUACCGGAUGAGCUCCAAGAGAUAAUCGACCUGGCCAUCAACGCGCCACGCACGCCCGCAGACCUCCCACUGCUUUCCGCCACCAUCGACGAUUUCCACGCCUCGCUUCCACUCAUCGGGCAGGCGAUCUCAAGGUCACUAUCUGACUCGGCGCUCGACAUCGCCAGGAUCGCAUAUCCAGACGACACCAACCCCCUCCUCCUCGACAGCAAGCUCGACCACCUCCCCGCCGACGCCGCCCACCGCCGCAAAACCCUCCUCCACACCACCUCCCACCUCACCUCCCUACGCAGCACCAUCACCACGCUCACGCAGCAAGUCCUCAGCGCCUACAGCACGCUCACCACGCUCUCACUAACCCACACGCACAGCAGCAGCGGGGUGCUAGUUGCGGCGCAGGGCGCGGCCGUGGCGCGGGCAGCGCACAUGGCCGUUGUGGCGAGCAGCAUGGAGGGCAAGCUGGGCGUGCUGCGCGCCGAGGCGGUCCGCGCCGUGUAUGACGAUGCGGCGGUGGAGGCGCUGGCAAACUACCGGGUGCAUCUGCAGGACACGCGGGCGCGGCUGCUGGCGCGGCGGAGGACGGUGGAGGGCGAGCUGGAGAGGUAUGCGAAGGCAGGGAGCGACAUGGUGGGGUUGGUGGAGAGGUAUGGGGCUGUGAUGCGGGGGAUCGAGGCGGUCGGGAGGGAUAUUGUGAGGUUGGGGGGAAGGGUGUGA